AACACACGAGGUGCAGCAGUCGUGAUGGGUAGCAAUUCAGCCCUCCAGUGGAACCAAUCGCUUAACUUCCGCCUUACCUACUCAAACCUACCACUCGCUACGAGGGUGUGCGUUGUGCUGCUCCAGGUGAAACGACGUCCUGGUCGAAUCAUGGAGUUCCCGGUGGGCUGGGCAAACAUGAACCUCUUUGACGAAAGGGGCUAUCUUGUGACUGGUCGACGUUCGCUUCCCCUUUGGCGGAGCAGUUUCACCUCACCAGAGACGGAAACCACCCAUCAGCUUAACCUCGCUGGCACUGUAGCUGAGAAUCCCGAUCCCGAGUUCACUCUUGUGGUGGAUUUCUGCCACCCUAGCAGCCAUGCGACCCGCAUCCGCUUUCCCAUCUCCCGUUUUAUCACGACUGUGAGUGGCGCCUCCCCUUCAAAGCCUACUGCUGCCAUCGUCCCUUCACUCCAGUCCAGUGACUCUGAUCUGCGUAUGCUUCGUGAACUAAUACACAGGGACCCCUUCUACGAAUUAUCAGAACAGGACAAGGCUCUUCUCUGGCGCAUCCGUGAUUCUUGCUGUCGCAGACUUUAUCCUGCAGAAUCUUUACCAUGGCUGGUGCAGGCUGUGGCUUGGGAAAGACGCGAGUUGGUGGAGGAGUUCUACCGCCUUCUUGCUGUUUGGCCACGACCCCUACCCGUGGAAACCUGUCUCCAACUGUUGGGAGUGGCAGGCCUUGCAGGUGGCGCCGGCGCUGAGGGAUCGUUUGGAGAUGGCAGCGGGGGUGGUUAUGCAAUGGCGGGAGGACGCACGACAGGCGUAGCGGACCCUCUGGUUCGCGACAUAGCAGUACAGGGUCUACAAGCGAGACUAUCGAAUACGGAUCUGGCUGACUACCUGCUUCAGCUGGUGCAGGUAAGCACAUCAAUUCAGCAGGAGCUGAUUUCAGGUCGUUCUACCUACAAGACGAGGUCACUGUGCGUGACUUUUGCAUCGUGGUUGGAAAGGUAG